AGGAACUUGUAGGUGAAAUUAAAGCAGUGUGCUGAGUACUGAACAGGUAUAUUUGUAUGUCUUAAUUUUUAUUGGAUUACAUCUGGUGGUAUUUGAAAGCACAGCAUUGAGGUGAUGGCAUUUUAUAACAUUGAUACAAUUUAUUUUUAAUGGGUCUGGUGGUAGCAUUUGGCACUAUUUCUGGUUUUGGUCUGGUGAUGGUCUUUUUUUUUUUUUUUUUUUUUUUUUUUUUCAAAGGUACAUAUUGCUGUGGUGGUGUGAUUAAAAUCAAGCUUAAAUAUGUAAAACUGUUAGAGAAAAAAUAUAUAUAUUUAGUAAGAUGUAGCUCAUGCUUCCCAUAUUUGCUUUCAGCUAUGCGGUACCUAGUGCCAGGUGAUCGCACCAAUGAGCUAGAGAAGGGACUCAAGAACAAAUGGAGGUGGGAGUGGACAGAGGAGAAGGACAGCCAGGGGACUCAGUAUGGAGUAUGGCUGAGGAAGGUGGACAAACCUGGCACUGCCUGGUGUCUGCUCUGCAAAAAAACCAUUGUGUAUGGAAGUAAUGGAAAGAAGGUCUUUGCUAAACACCUAACAGACCACACCCACAAGAAGAUGGUGGCACAGCAGAGGAACACCCAAACGUUGCCAGGGGUGGAGACAGUAGGUGCACCAGACUCAGCUAUUGUGCGACAAGAAGACCUCAGGGCCGUUUGGCACCAGCCCUGGUAGAAUAUGCCCAGAGAAUGGCAGAAAACAAAAAAACACUUGGCAACCUGACCCUGUCAUGGACAGCAUGCACGUACUAUCUGACCCAUGGGGUAGCGAAGAUGAUGAAAGAGGAACUGGUGAGGAAACUGAUAGUUUCUUUUCUAUGAAGAUGGAUGAAGCCACGAACAACGCAAACAAAGUGGUGAACAUGCUUGUAAAGUACUUUGACGAUGAAAGCGGAAUGGUAUUGACAGAGCACCUUGGGUCGUAUGUAGAAAAUCAGGCCACGGCAGAAAACCUGUUUGCUGGAAUGGAGUCAGUACUGGAGGAAGGUGGCCUUGCAUGGACAAAAGUGGUGAGUUGCAUGAUGGACAAUUGCAACGUCAUGCGUGGCCAGAAGUCUGGGGUCAUAGCACAUCUUAAAAAAGCGAAUCCCAACCUGAUGGACAUCCACGGAGAUACGGUCCACAUUGUAAAUAAUUCAGCAAAAGAACUAGUUAAGCCCUUUGAACAUUAUGUGGAAAACAUUUGUGAAGAUCUGUACUAUGAUUUGCAGAAUCAGCCCAAGUCAAAGGAUCUCUUCCAGGAAAUCUCAUCUUUACUAAAUCUUGAUGGACCACUCAGCCUCAUCAGACCAAUAUCCAGCAGGUUUCUACAGAUGAUAGAUGUCACGUCAAGAGUCAUUGACCUGAUAGAUCCUCUGCUGGCCUACUACUACAGCUUCUUGACAGAACAGGAGCAAGAAAGAUAUAAGCCCAAACUGAAGUCUGUCAUGCAGAGCCGAGCAGUAGAGGAGAGCUCCCAAGCACGGAUCAUUCAGAUCCAGGAAAAUCUAGGCAGAGCAGCCAAGUCUGACUGCAACACUGACAGAAAAAAUCCCCUUCUCGUUGCCCUAUUCAACAACCAUGACAAGCUCAUGGCACAUCUCACUCUGUAUAAAGGCAUCCUCACAGAAUUCCAGAAAUAUGAUAAGCUGUACCAACAGGACUCACCAACAGUGCACACCCUCCACAAGGAGAUGUUCGAGCUGACACGAAAAUUCCUCACUUUCAUCAUCAGAGCGGAUGAGAUCCCCGAGGAGAGGGUGUCACAUCUUGUGAGGUUGGACGUUGCAAACCGUCAGCUGCAGGUGAGCAACAGAAACUUAGCUGUUGGGCCAGACUGCUACCCAGUUAUGAGGAAGCUGAGGGACCAAGCAGAGCACAAACACUGGAUAGACCAGUUUUAUUCCAAUCUGAGGACAGGAUAUCAGCUUGCUGCCAGAUACCUCCUGCAGAAGUUGCCACUACAGAAUAGCAACCUGAUCAACCUCUCAGCCCUUAGACCUGAUCUCUCUACAUCCCCAGCCACGUUAGUAGCUUUUCAAGAACUUGGGGAAGCACUUCCCAAUGUCAUUGGUGAAAAUCAGGUGGGACACCUGUCAAUGGAGGUGCGUGGGUACAUGGUGGACAGUGAUGUCAAAGACAUGCUAGAAAAGUACAGUGCAGAGGUAAACCCACAAAUCGACAAAGACUGGUGGGCCAAAGUAUUUGCCCUGAAAACUGAUGAGGAGAGAAGGUACCCCAUACUUACGAAACUGGUAAAAGCAGUUCUCAGCAUAUUUGCAGGUCCUGUUGUUGAAGGUUCCUUCAACUUUAUGGACGACAUCAUCGAAAAUGACAGGACCUCAAUGGUAGUGGAAAACUACAAAGCUGUUUCCAGGGUGAAGUACUAUCUGAGGUCGAAAGGAACCACCAGUACUGACCUGCAAGUCACAACCGAGAUGAGGCAAAACUGCAUGACAGCCUACAAAACAAAUGAGGCAUUCCUUCAGAAAAAGGCAGAAAAGAGACAAAAUGAACUGAAGGAAAAAGCAGAAAAUGCAUUGAUCUGGUUGGAGGAUAAGGCCACCAAACAAACAAAUCCAAGAAAGAGAGCCAGAUUUGAGGUGUGGCACAAUACUGAUGUGGCAGAGAGAAGGUCAGAAUCAUCAUCAAGCAGGCCUUCCCAGCAGCCUUCUUCAAACAGGCCAUCCCAACAGUCAGCAAACAGGCCAUCCCAACAGUCAGCAAACAGGCCAUCCCAACAGCCUUCCUCCUCAGCCAAAAGGCCUGCCCAAGAGCCUUCACCUACACAGUCUGCUUCAGCCAAUAGUCCUGCAAACCAGCCUUCUUCUGCAGCAAACAGGCCAUCUGGUGUAUCAAGAUGUUCCACUGGCUCUACUACAUCAGCUAAACAACCAAAUAAGAAAAGAUUAAGUGAAACAGGCACCAUUUUCAAAUAUUUCAAAAAGUAAUACACAGCACGCCAUAGAGCCUCAAUCUACCUGUUACAUGCUCAGUUGUGAAUAAAAAUUGACUUGGUGAAAAAUGAUGGACUUGAUCAUUUCUAAUAAGAAGUUACG